AGUUUAUGGGAUCGAGUACGCCUACAUUUAUAAAGACCUGGAGCCGUAUAACAGGUUUCCUCGGCUGCAUCAGGAGCGAGUACACAUUCGAAAGCGUGUAAGGUCUUCCCUGCUUGCGCUAUGUUAUAAGGCAAGAUGCAAUGCUGACAGCGCUCAUGGCAGAUCGGUCCUCCAUUUCCAUUUCUCGGAUUGCCCGCGGAACUUCGAGUACAUGUCUACCGUUAUUGUCUCAUCUCUUUCGAACCCAUCGACUGCGAAAAUACACUCCGGUCAGACUCCCAAAGGAAGCUAGGCGUCGGCCUGCUUCGGUUAAACAAACAGGUACAUGCCGAGGCCGCUCAAGUGCUUUAUAGGGAAAACACCUUUCGAUUCUGGCGAGAAUACGACUUUCUCAAGGUCAUGCAACUUUUGCCCAAACACAGCUUCAACUGGCUAAAGCAGUUGACGAUAGGCGCUCCAUUCAUGGGAUUCGCGCUGUACCUUGACGAAGACGAGCUUUCUGAUCUUGGCGACGGAUUUGACCCACCGGGAACCAUCUUGGGCUAUAAAUAUAACGCCGAGGAUUUCAUACAGCAUCGGUUGGUGUACGGCUUGGUGGACGUAAUAGCAACUGCUCCAAACCUUCGAACCCUCAAUAUCGUGGUCCCACCCGAUUGGAACUACCAUCAGUGCUGCACCUUCUAUUUCGAUGGCGACAACGAUGACGACAACAAUCACGUCCAUAUCGACAAUAUCGGCAUUUGGGAUGCCAUGGCCGCCUUGCUACGUCUCAAACCCUUCCUUUUGGUAACUGUCAUCGAUGUUUAUCGACCAAAUAAUCUGGACCGUCACCUCCUUCGCCACGAACGCUUCAUCAAUCAAUUGAAACGGCGACUUGGAAUUUGGGAUAUUAGGGAGGCCGAAUGUAGGUUGGAUCGCGACACGAUUCCGGAUGGAAUGUCAACACGGAACCGCGGAGAAUGGGCGAUGCCUACCCAGAGCUCGAGGGAGCACCCGGAUGAGUACUUACGUUACCUUGCGGAGUUAUUUUCGGGAAAACUGUAGCGGUGGAUAACAUGAACCGAGGCGGACUGGAUGUGGAGACUUGAAGGUUUAACGGUUUAUGAUUAUGAAGAUGAAGAUGAACAUGGCAAACGGAGAAGUUGAGCCAUGCCCCCAAGCGCCCAACGUGCUCAUUGAAUGUGAAGUUGUUAAAGAACCGCCCGUGCAACCUAAUCGUUUGAAUUUCAGAUGGAGCCACUGCGGAUGACGUCCAGCAGAGCACGGACUAUAUGCAUUCUAAAC